AGAUCGAUAUUGAGGCUUGGGCUAAUAUGGAUACUGAGACCCGCAUGGAUAAAAAUACUAAAACAGGAAUUAACUAUUAUUCAAUCAUUAAUCAAAUUGAUACGAAGGAUCUUUCGUAUCUUGCGAUUGAUAAACAAAUAAAACCGUCCAGUGGAAAAAACUUUUUUUUGAUUGGAUGGGGAUGAAUGAAGAAAUACUAAACCGACCCAUAUCAAAUCUGCACCUUUGGUUCUUCCCAGAAUUGUUGGGGCUAUAUGAUACAUAUAGGAUUAAACCGUGGAUUAUACCAACAAAAUCACUUCUUUUCCAUUUUAAUGGAAAUAAAACCACCAGUGAAAAUAAAAAGCUAAAAAAAAAAGAUCUUGAAUUAGAAAAUCAAAAUCAAGAAGAAAAAGAAGAAUCAGACCAAGAAGAUAUUGGAUCAUAUCUAUCAAACCAAGAAAAAGAAGUUAACGAGGAUGACAGUGACUCAUACAUGAAAAAGAGUAGAAAUCAAAAUAAAUGGAAGAGUACCACAGAAGCGGAACUAGAUUUUUUCCUGAAAAGAUAUUUUCUUUUUCAACUGAGAUGGCAUAGUUCUUUGGAUCAAAGAAUAAUUAAUAGUAUCCAGAUAUAUUGUCUCCUGCUUAGACUGAACAAUCCAAAGCAAAUUGCGAUAUCCUCUAUUCAAAGAGGAGAAAUGCGUCUGGAUAUAUUGUUGAUUCAAAAAGAUCUAAAUCUUACAGAAUUUAUAAACAAAGGAGUAUUGAUUAUUGAACCUGUUCUCCUAUCUAUACAAGGAGAUGGACUUUUUAUUAUGUAUCAAACCAUAGUUAUUUCACUGGUCCAUAAGAGUAAUCACCAAACUAAUAGAAAAAACCAACAAAAAGAAAACGGUUAUAAUAAUUCUUUUGAUGAAUCCAUUAAAAGACAUAGACAUGAAAGGGUUCUUGAAAAGAGAGAUGAAAAAAAUUAUGCUUUUGUUGUUCCUGAAAAUAUUUUAGCUCCUAGAUGUCGUAGAGAAUUGAGAAUUCAAAUUUGUUUAAACUCGGAAAAAAGAAAUGUUUUGGAUAGAAAGAAAACAUUUUACAAUAAGAACAACAUAAAGAACUGCGGUACUUUUUUGGAGGAGAGCAAUCAUCUUGAUAAAGAUCCAAAGAAUUUAGAUAGAGAUAGAAAUAAAUUAAUGAAAUGGAAAUUUUUUCUUUGGCCAAAUUAUCGAUUAGAGGAUUUAGCUUGUAUGAAUCGCUAUUGGUUUGAUACCAGUAAUGGAAGUCGUUUCAGUAUGUCAAGGAUAUAUAUGUAUCCACGAUUUACCAUCAAUUAAUAGUAAAUCUCCUUCCUAUCUAUAACGUGCCAGAUAUGGCAUGAUAUAUGAAGGCAAACAAAUGUACCCGCACAUUUGUCUUAUAUUUAUUUAUAUUCUGGUUUCCCGUAUAGGAUACUGAUUCAAUGACCUAAGAAUCUUCUUCGGCUCAAUUUUUCCCUUUAUUUUUUUGGGGGGGUUGAAGAACUCGACCAGCCUUUUG